CGUGAUUUUAAUGAUAGUAUUGUUCAAUUGUAUGAUAUAAAUAUUUUUUGAAAAUGACUUACAAACGUAAAAAAUAUCAUAGAGGUGAUACACAUUUGAAAAAAGGUUGGCGAACUAAAAGAAGAACAAAAGAUUUAGAUGAGAUUGAUGAGGAUUUGAAAGACGAAAAUGUAAAGAAUCUACUAAAUCAAGAAGUAGAUUUAGAUAAACCAGGAGCAGGUCAAUAUUAUUGUAUUCAUUGCGCGAGGUAUUUUAUAAAUGACACUGCUUUACAAGAUCAUUUUACAACAAAAGUACAUAAACGCAGAUUAAAAGCUCUUGAAUUAGAACCCUAUUCUAUUGAGGAAUCAGAAAAAGCAGCUGGUAAAGGAAGCUUUAUUAUUCCACAAAAAAGGAAAAUUGAGACUAUAAAUUACACUAACUAUAAUAUGGAUGUUGAACCAGAAACUUCAUCACAAGUUAAGAUAGUUAAAGUGGAUGUAUAAAAUAAUUCUUUUAAGAAAUAUAAUCUUUAUUCUAAAAAGUU